UUGGUCGUCGACAUGCACUGUGCUGGUUGAGCUGUUCAGAGAGAGCUCAGUGGAGAGCGAACCCACGGUGCACCCAGAGAAGACACAACUUAAACAUCCCAACGCUAGACAAUGAGUGAACUUUUGAGAGGGACCUCGCCCCCAGAGCUGAGCCUUAUUCUCCUGGGAAACAUCGGCUGUGGAAAGACGUCCUCGGCAGACAACAUCCUGGGCCAGCUGUCCCCCUUCUCCUCCAACGCCUCCAGGAGCUGCCAGCUGCGACAGGGCACCACCGAGGGCCGAAGUGUGGCGUUGGUGGAGGCGCCGAGAUGGUACUGGACCGGCGGCAAGAUGGAGGACAGUGUGAGGAAGGAGACGCAGCGGGCGAUGACGCUGGUCGCCCCGGGCCCUCAUGCCAUCCUGCUGCUGGUGCCCGUGAGCCAAUUCACUGAGAUGGAGGGUCUUGUGCCUGCAGAGCUGGAGGAGGUGUUUGGGGAGGAGGCGCUGGGUCACACCAUAGUCCUUCUGACCUGUGGGGACUACUUGAUGGGAAAAACAGUGGAGGAAUACCUGCAGAAAGAACACCCAGGCCUGAGGACGAUGAUCGAGCGCUGCGGGGGGAGGUACCAUGUCUUCAAUAAUCGCCAGCGACAGAACAGGGAGCAGGUCAGCGAGCUGCUGGAGAAGGUGGACAAUAUGGUGACAAAAAAUGGUGUUUUAUAUAUGAAAACUGCCCAGGAGAGAGAGCUGGCGCAACGAGUGAAGGAAAGAAAGCGAGAACUUCUGGAAAGUUACAGAGCUCAAAGGGAUGAGAGAAGAGAGACCGUUGCUUCAACGCACAUCCCAGACACGGAUUCACGGAGGACUGUGGAGUACAGUGCCGCCUCAGAGAGGAGGGAGGAGAGGGAGGAGAGGGAGGAGAGGGAGGAGAGGGAGAAGAUGGAGAAGAUGGAGGGAAGAGUGGGCGUGAGCCAGAGAUCCAACGGGCUUCAUUCAAGUCCAGCACCAGAGCCACACAAUGACAGGCCGGCCAACAGGACGCCCAGUUUCAGACUGAAUGCAGAUGGAGCUAUACUCUCACAAAUGUCUGAAGUUAAAUCGACUCCAAAAUUGGUCACAACUUUUCACCACAGAAUGAACAGCUUCGAAGAGAGAUCCCCCGAGGCGUCUCCUACCUCCUCUCCUCAUUCACCCGUCUUUUCCUCCUCCUCCUCCUCGUCGACCUUCGACCCCUCUCCCGCCUCGUUCCCCUCACCCGCCUCUCCUUCCUCAUUCGCCGCAUCGCCCUCGCCUUCGUCCUCUUCGGAGCUGCGCCUGGUGCUGCUCGGGCGAACUGGAGCGGGGAAGAGUGCAGCUGGCAACAACAUACUGGGGCGGGAGGAGUUCGAGUCCCGACCGGACAGCCUCAGCGCCAUCACUCAAGAGUGUGAGAAAAAAAAAGCGCUGUUUGAAGGAAGACAGGUGGCGGUGGUGGAUACCCCAGACUGGUUCAACUCGGAGCAAACUCCAGAUGAGGUGCGAGCUCAGAUCUCCUCCUGCGUGGCGUUGUCCAGUCCUGGUCCGCACGCCUUCCUCCUGUGCGUCCCUUUAGACCAGCCUGCAAAGACCGAGCUGCAGGCCCUCGAGGCCCUCGAGACUGUCUUUGGCCCCGAGGCGGUCCAGAGACACACUCUGCUGCUCUUCACUUACGUAGAUAAACUGAGGGAGAGCGAGAAGGCAGGGAAAGACAGCGUGGAGGCGUACAUCGGCGGUCAGCGGGGGGAUUUGUUGAAGCUCGUGGAGAAAUGCGGGGACAGGUUUCAUGUGCUGGAGCAGAGAGGAGGAGGUGGGGGGGGCGGCAGGAAUGUGGCAGAGCUGCUGGAGAAGGUGGAUCAGAUGGUGAAGGAAGGUGGAGGACAGUGCUACUGCAAUCCUGCGUUUCAGGAGGCGGAGAACAAAAUGAGGCAGAGGCAGGUAGAGAUAGCGAGGGAGAGACGGAGGGGGAAACAAGAGCCAGACGGACAGCUCAGAUCUAACAUGCAGGUGCUUUAUCCCUACAUGCAGCCUCUGGCCGAGGCAGAAGAGGAAGUGAGAGAGGAUGAGAUUGAGCAGACAAGGAAUGAGGCGGAGAUGAUUGUAAAAACGAUGAAUAUCGAGAGCCUUCCUCCCAUUACGCGUUCCACUUUGUCCCCUUCACUUCUCCACUCCGUCAUGGAGAAAAUGAAGUUGAGCGCAAAGAUGGUACCCAAACUGUUGGCGGAUAGCUCUGUGUGGGUCGGCGAGGGAGCAAAGAAGGUGAAGGGUAGUCCUGUUUGGGGGACAGUCGGCAGCGGGGCACAAAACGUCCACAAGAAGCUUGUCGAUAGUUCUGUAUGGGGGAAGGUGGGAGCAAGUGCCGGACAUGUGUCCAAACUGGUAGGAGAUCGAGUUCCCAAGGUGAUGGUGGACGGUUCUGCGUGGGUGGGCUCUGGAGCAAAAUCAGUAGCGGCUAGUCCAAUGUGGGGGAAAGUUGGAUCGGGGGCCACAGUAGUGGCGGGCAGGUCCAUGCGUGCCGGAGCUGGGAUUGGAGCCGGGGCAAAGAAUUUGGCGCAGAGUCCCAUGUGGGGAAAAGUGGGAUCCGGGGCCAAAACUGGAGCUAAACUGAUGGCUGAAGGCUCGGUGCGACUUGGAGCUGGCAUCGGCGCCGGUGCAAAGAAGGCGGCGCAGAGUCCAGUGUGGGGGAAAGUUGGCUCCGGGGCCAAAGCAGGGGCCAAGAUGGUGGCGAACAGCUCCGUGUGGCAGAAAAUUGGGACUACUGCAAAACAGGUGCCCAUGGAAGUCAUAGGGGGCGCACUGCUUUGUCUGGUGCUCGGCGUGGUGUUGGGGGGUGCGAUCGGCGGAGCUAUCGGGGCAGCUGCUGGGUCGGCGGUAACCGCGGUGGGCAGAUGGAAAUACGGCAACAAAAGCGCGACAGAAAAGACGGAAGAAGCAGCGAAGAACUUGGAGGGAACGGUGAACGACAGCAUCGACUCUCUGGGGAAACGAGGAGAGAAAGUAUUGAAAACUGAAUGAACGGUGGAACAGAUCGUGUAUUUAAAAUGUUUAACAGAUGUGAAAAC